CUGUCAGCCGAAACUAUGACAGUCGUGCUCCGAAGAGCAGCUACACGGUGCCACGUGGACCCGCAGCACAUAUCGGCGCACUCGCUACGAGCAGGAGGUGCCACCGCGCGUCACGGUGUUGGGGUUGACACGGACACCAUCCGAAUGCACGGAAGAUGGGCUUCAGACGCGUAUCGAACCUAC